AGAUCAACGGAUCAAAAAUCAAACGAUCCUUGUGUACUAGGUAGGUAUUUUUGUGGUAGUACUUCCACCUACUAGUCUUCUUGCGAGGGUUCGAUAAAUAAAUAUGAUGAAGCUUUUCGUCCGCUGCGGUGCUCCGCUUGCGCUCUUAUCAUUGUUUCAGUCGAAGUUCAAUAUUGAUGAUCAUGGUGGGCGUGGGGCUGUGGGCGAGUGCCUGGCCGUUCCCUUCAACAAGAAAGCAAGGGUUUCUGCAGAAGUCGUGGAGCAUCCGCGUGCACCACAUGCUGACGAAGCUCCUGAGAAUGACGGAGACCCUGAGCACACCAGAGACCCUUGCCAAAGCUUCGCCGGUCAUUCGCUUCAACCUGCACAAAGUGCAAAGAAUCGAGAAAAGCCACGAAAGCGCGGUAGCUCAGUGUCGAAGGAGGUGCGCGCCGUCGAUUCCUUUCCCACCUAUGACGAGGAGAGAAGGGCGUCGCCAUUCUACUCUCCUUGUUCUACAACUAGUACAAGGAAGAAACGUACUGGCUUCGGCAGUGCAGACGAGCACCUCCUAGAGCUAGAAGCAAACAACGGCGAGUCGGCCUCUGCGAAGUCCUUGAAAAAAAAGGUGAACGUGAACGACAAAAGAAAAGAUACUUCAUCUUCACACGACGAGCAUGAUGAUCCGCGCGAGCCUUACGAAGUCCGUCUUCGUGAUGGUGCUAUCAUGCCACUAGUUGCCUUCGGAACAGGGUCUACAGGUUCUUUCACCCGCGAAGGAGAAAACGCGCUCCAAACGGCUAUCCUUGAGGGUGGUGUGCGGCAUGUCGAUUCUGCAAUGUAUUACGGUGAGAAAAGGCUGGGACAAGUCUUGCAGAGAAUUUUCCUGGCCGAAAAGGGACGCUUCAAACGUAAAGAUCUUCUUAUCACAACGAAAGUGGAGCCGACUGAUCCACGCAUACAGAAGGUCCUGCGAAGUGGUUGGGGUGGAAACGAGGGACAGCAGACGCUUGUGGAGGGAGUGCCAGUACUAGAAGCGAAUGAAGCCCACAACGUCGAGAAUCGUGGAGCUACGGCGGCAUGCGGGAAGCAUAAAAUUUUCACACACUCAGAGGAUGAGAGCGAAUCCGCACAGCGUGGAAGCCAUGAACAUGGACGAGGGGAAGUACGAGUGGCAUCCUGUAAAACUAAAAGCACUAUGUCCGAGAGGAAGCAUGAGAGGAAGCAUGAAGAUGUCGACUUGAAUGCUGAUCGGAAUCAUGUAGAAGAAUGGAAAGACCUAGAAGCCCAGCACUACAGGCAACACCACAGGCAACAGGACUUGAAUCGUGUGGUCGCGGAUAUGGUGAAACGAUCCUUGCGAGACUUGGGCGUGGAUCAGGUGGACCUUCUGCUGGCGCACAGCGCGCCAAUGCGAGAAAGCGACUUGAUCCGCUUCUACAGAAGCUUACUCCACUGCCAAAAGGACCUAAAACUCACAAGAAGCGUGGGCGUGAGUAAUUUUGCGAUUCUUAAGGCUUUUUUUGGGAUCGUGGUGUACUAUUCAGUUUGUGCUUGAGCUUGCCUGUGAGGCAUUAUAGAUUUCAUCCUUUCGGAAGCAGACUAGGCCAGAGCGUCUUCUAGUUCAUUCCACUUGUUGUAGUCUAUUCCACUUGUUGUAGUCUGUUCCAUUUCGUCAUACAGUUACAGUGUGGAAGAUGGACGAGAGUAACUCGUGUCCUGUGGACUCCUGUGGACCUGUUGGACUACUCUGCCAUUCAGAAAAAUGAUGGUAGGAUGAACUAGCCAGCACCAUGGGCACGACUGACGACCAUGAUAGCAAAGGAGCACGAGGAACACGUCGUCUAAGAUCCACCACCUGGAAAGACUGCGAAAGAAUCUUCAUCCAGGCCUGAUGCCGGUGGUGAACCAGAUACAAUUUCAUCCGUUCUUUCGUGGUAUGAUGGGAGACCGCAUCUUAGAGCAAAUGCAGGUCGACGAACACUCCCGCUCCGCUUCAGCGCAUCGAACGAUCAUGGACUACUGCAAAGAUCAGGGCAUCGUGAUAACGGCUUACAGUCCGCUUCAGCCGUUGCAGGUACUGGCAAUCCAAGAUAUUAUGGUAGAGAUGAGGCGAUGUAGUAGUUAACACCCUUAAAGAUGUGGCACUUGCAGGAAUACUUAGUUAGUUUCUGUUUUUGUGUCGAGGAUAAUGAAUCUCUUCUCUGCCAAAGAAUCCAAGGGCAGAUAAGAGGCAUCAAAGGUUAUAUAGUAUACAGAAGAUGAAAACAAGACUAGAAGAAGCCUUCAACAGCGACCGACAAGGCUCGACGUCCACGGCUGCAGAGGCUCAGUUGCUGCAGUGGGGAGCUAGCAAGAGUGUGCUCAAGGAGUGGCGUACGACGAAGAAGGUUAUGGACGGUGUGAGCCCCGCUGACUUGUUCCGCUGGCAUCUGCGAAGUGGUAGAGGCGUUGUGACGUCGACAACGAGUGUGGCAAGGGCGGCCAGUAUGAUGCAAAAGAUUUAUUCCAUACGAUCUACUGGUGCUGUACCUGUAAAUGAAGUGUGGUGCAGCGAGAAGGAAAUGAACAAGAACUGUGUUGCAAAGCAACAGCUGCGCAUCAGGAACGUUAUUAAAGCCUCCACUUCGCAGAAGAUGAGUUCUGGUCGGAAGAGGAGCGUUGGGUCCUCGAACAGGAGCUUUUACUCUGGAAUUGACAAAGACGAUCGACAACAGAGUCAGAGUGAAACUAAACUUCCUACCUCCUUCUCCGUCUCCGAUGUAAAAAAACAUAAUGAAUGUAGUACAACGCGGGGUCUGGGCGAUCAAAAACAGUUGUUGAAGUCGAGGAGCUGCCUAGUGUUCAGUAAACUUUCUGCGGCUAAUCAGUGGUCCGAUGAAUUUUUACACUUCUGGAACUUCCGUAUCUAUUUCGAUGAUAAUGGACAACGAAUGAAUUGAAAAAGUUGUGACAAGGGUGACGACGGCUCCUGAACGGAAGGAAGCAAAUAUUCUAGAUACGACUAGGGACACAUCAUGCGACUACAUGCAAGUAGACCUCUCCGUGUCAUCUUGCUGGCACAGUUGUUUCCGUAUACUCAGACUCCUGAUCAAGGUCUUAGAGACACGCACCACGACCCAAGUGGCUUUCGGCG